AUGGCUACAGACUGGGCAGCAAAAUUGGCUCAAGCAGCAACACAACCAACUAACUCAACACAACCAACACAACCAACUCAACCGAAAUUGGGUCAUGACCGUCAAGCUCAACCGAAGCCAGAUAAGAAGGUGAAAACAUCAAGAUCACCAUCAAGAUCACCCCCACCUACAUUCAAUGCUCAAGAAAUCAAGCAAUUCUUGCACACCAACUACCAAUCAUACUUGACAAAAGCACGAGAAGAUAAAGAUGGGGAACAGUAUAAAGUUUACAAGUCGCUUGAAUCAUCGAAUCAAUGGGAAACACAAGUUGUUAAUCCAAGGAAUGUAUUGAGGAAUCGACCUCAGAGUAAUACUGUUGACAUAAUUUUUGAAAUAAAUCGGUCUAUUUACCAACAAAGGCAAGGGGAGAAGAAGUAA